CAACUAAAACUUCUUCCCAUUUCUAAAAUAAACACAUUCAUCAUGAGUAUCUCAGAUAGCUCAUCGUCUGGAGAAGAAGAAAACGAAGAGUACGAAAGGUUUCACCACCUACGUUUGAGUUUGAUCGGUCGGAGGCUGGCUGAAGAUGCAUCAAGUCGCCGUCAAACUACAAGCCGACGUCACAUUGAUCGUGAGAGGGUCGAAUGUAUUUCGACGUCUUAUGAGGGAUUACUUCGAUCCAAAUCUAGUAUACAAUGCUCGCAUAUUCAGAAGGCGCUAUCGGAUGCAGCCAAGAUUAUUCCAUCGCAUUAUGGGCGACAUUGUGAGGUUUGACCCCUCAUUUGCUCUAAGGCGUGAUAGCUUUGGUCAAUUGUCACUAUCUCCAGAGCAGAAGCUUACUGGUGCGAUGCGCAUGCUAGCAUAUGGUUCUCCAGCGGAUCAACUUGAUGAGUAUGUUCGUAUGGGUGAGAGCACCUUUAUGGAGUUCUUCAGAAAGUUUUGCAACAACAUUAUCAACAUGUACGGUGCCACAUACCUUCGCGCACCUACUCCUGCUGAUUUAAGGAUCUUACUCCGUAAAGCCUCAAGUCGUGGCUUUCCUGGAAUGAUUGGAUCAAUUGACUGCAUGCAUUGGGAUUGGAGGAAUUGUCCAAGUGGUUGGGCAGGACAAUACACCGGCCACAUGCAUAGGCCAACAAUCAUUUUGGAGGUGGUGGCCUCCUACAACACAUGGAUAUGGCAUGCUUUCUUUGGGACACUUGGAUCGAACAACGAUAUAAAUGUUUUGGGGAUGUCUCCAGUGUUUGAUCGUAUCGUCAAUGGAAGCGCUCCACAUGUACGAUUUGAGGUAAAUGGUCAUGCUUAUGAUCAAUGUUAUUAUUUGGCUGACGGUAUUUAUCCCUCAUGGUCGACUUUAGUGAAGACCUUCAACAAUCCAAGGUCAAACAAAGAGGCUUUGUUUGCUCAACAUCAAGAAGCACACCGCAAAGAUGUAGAGCGGGCAUUUGGAAUCAUCCAAACAAGAUGGGCAAUUGUUCGUGGCCCUGCAAGAGCUUGGGAUGUUGUCACGCUUAACAAUAUAAUGCUGACGUGCAUUGUAUUACACAACAUGAUAAUCGAGGAUGAGCAAGUUGAUUCUGAUGACGAGAUGGAUGAUGACCUUGAUUAUGAGGUCCAUGCACAACCUUAACCAAUCAACCGACACCAAUCAACUCUAAUUGAUUAC